AUGUCCUUUAUUCCACAAAAAUAUCUGUUUUGUCUAAGGAGUGGAUGUGUUGCAUGCUCUGAAAUAAUCUAUCUAUUUACUUUCUUCCUUAGGCCAGAUGUGGUGAGGGCUAGGAAAAGAGUUUGUUGGGAGCCCUGGGUUAUCGGCCUCGUCAUCUUCAUAUCCUUGAUCGUCCUGGCAGUGUGCAUUGGACUCACUGUUCAUUAUGUGAGAUACAAUCAAAGGAAGACCUACAAUUACUAUAGCACAUUGUCAUUUACAACUGACAAACUAUAUGCUGAGUUCGGCAGAGAGGCUUCUAACAAUUUUACAGAAAUGAGCCAGAGACUUGAAUCAAUGGUGAAAAAUGCAUUUUAUGAAUCUCCAUUCAGGGAAGAAUUUGUCAAGUCUCAGGUUAUCAAGUUCAGUCAACAGAAACAUGGAGUGUUGGCUCAUAUGCUGUUGAUUUGUAGAUUUCACUCUACUGAGGAUCCUGAAACUAUAAAUAAAAUUGUUCAACGUGUUUUACAUGAAAAGCUGCAAGAUGCUGUAGGACCCCCUAAAGUAGAUCCUCAGUCAGUUAAUAUUAAAAAAAUCAACAAGACAGAAAUAGACAACUAUCUGAACCAUUGCUGUGGAACACGAAGAAGUAAAUCUCUAGGUCAGAGUCUCAGGAUCGUUGGUGGAACAGAAGUAGAAGAGGGUGAAUGGCCCUGGCAAGCUAGCCUGCAGUGGGAUGGGAGCCAUCGCUGUGGAGCAACCUUAAUUAAUGCCACAUGGCUUGUGAGUGCUGCUCACUGUUUUACAACAUAUAAGAACCCUGCCAGAUGGACUGCUUCCUUUGGAGUAACAAUAACACCUUCGAAAAUGAAACGUGGUCUCCGGAGAAUAAUUGUCCAUGAAAAAUACAAAUACCCAUCACAUGACUAUGAUAUUUCACUUGCAGAGCUUUCUAGCCCUGUUCCCUACACAAAUGCAGUACAUAGAGUUUGUCUCCCUGAUGCAUCCUAUGAGUUUCACCCAGGUGAUGUGAUGUUUGUGACAGGAUUUGGAGCACUGAAAAAUGAUGGUAGCAGUCAAAAUCAUCUUCGACAAGCACAGGUGACUCUCAUAGACACUACAACUUGCAAUGAACCUCAAGCUUACAAUGGCGCCAUAACUCCUAGAAUGUUAUGUGCUGGCUCCUUAAAAGGAAAAAGAGAUGCAUGCCAGGGUGACUCUGGAGGACCACUGGUUAGUUCAGAUGCUAGAGAUAUCUGGUACCUUGCUGGAAUAGUGAGCUGGGGAGAUGAAUGUGCGAAACCCAAUAAGCCUGGUGUUUAUACUAGAGUUACGGCCUUACGGGACUGGAUUACUUCCAAAACUGGUAUCUAAGAGAGAAAAGCCUAAUGGAACAGAUCACAUUUUUUUGGGGGGUGUGUAUAGGCCAUUUUUAGAGAUACAGAAUUGGAGAAGAAGACUUGCAAAACAGCUAGAUUUGACUGAUCUCACUAAACUGUUUGCUUGAUGCAUAUAUUUUCUUCCCAGCUCUGUUCCACACAUAAGCAUCCUGCUUCUGCCAGAUCAGCUCUGUCAUCUGUGAGCAAUAGUUCAAACUUUAUGUACAUAGAGAAGUAGAUAAUACAAUAUUACAUUACAGCCUGCAUUCAUUUGUUCUCUAGAAGUUUUGUCGUCAGAAUUUUGACUUGUCGACACAAAUUUGUAACGCAUAUAUACAAUUUGAAGAACUCCUUUUCUUCAGUUCCUGAGCUCCUCUCAUUUCAGCAAAUAUCCAUUUUCAAGGUGCAGAACAAGGAGUGAAAGAAAAUAUAAGAAGAAAAACAUCCCCUACAUUUUAUUGGCACAGAAAAGUAUUCGGUGUUUUUCUUUUUCUUAGUGGAAUAUGGGAAAUGAUCAUAUUCAUUAUGAAAGAUCAAGCAAAGACAGCUGAAUACCAAUCACUUCAUCAUUUAGGAAGUAUGGGAACUAAGUUAAGGAAAUCCAGAAAGAAGCCAAGAUAUAUCUUUCUUUUCAUUUCCAGACAACUUACUAUGAUAAAUGUGAAGAAGAUUCUGUUUUCUUGUGACCUAUAAUAAUUAUACAAACAUCAUGCAAUGUACUUGUUCUAAGUGAAUUAAAGCAAAUAUUUAUUUAACAUUGUGUUACUGAGGAUGUCAAUAUAUAACAAUAAAAUAUAAAUCACCCAGUUGCUUGACAUUAUGGUAUGAUAAUCCACAAAGAAGGGGAAGAUGGGAAAAAUGUUACUAGUCAAUUUAUUAUAAAUUAUUUUAAAACUUGAGCCUAGGAUGAAAAUUAAUUUAAUAACAAUCAGCAUGCCUAUGUAGUAAAAUAAUUGUGCUGUGGAAUGGGAGGGAAUGAAGAGUUCAAACAAUUGGCAGAAAAGGUUUUAUUCAUCUAAGACUUUCCCAAAUAGCAAAUCCUUGAAGGGAAUGAGAUCCAGGUGUUAGUGUAUAGUCUAGUGAUGCAACUAAACUGGGGUUCAGACCUCUAUUUUGAGACGAUUGCAGAUAUUUUUCUCCCCUUGCUGUUGUGUUUACAGUUCAUGCAUAGCUAAUCGUCCUGUUAGACUCAUUUGGGCUGAGAUGGAAAGAUAUAGAGAAAAUAUCCUGGAAAGUGCCUCACUGCUGCAUCUAGUGUGAUACUGAAUUGCUAACUGCCUGGAUAACAAAACUGAAGAGUAAAAGCGUAAUA